UUUCUUAGGUCUUUUUCCCUUCAGAGCCCUACCCCUAUGGCUGACCCUAACAUGCCUUCCAAUUUGCCUCAAAUAAACCAAACUCAGCCACCAUUAUCAUCACCCUUUGACCCUAGCUCUCACCCAUUUCAGCCAUUACUACUGUCACGCUCUAUCCCUACAAUCACAUGUGAAAGCCCUUCUCCAAAACACCCUUCUCAACCCUCCAGCUCUAAUCCUACCGCCAUGGCCAUGGCCACCACUUCUGCGGCUCCUAAAAGACACCCUUUGUACCGAGGAAUCCGCAGCCGGAGUGGUAAAUGGGUGUCUGAAAUCCGGCAGCCUCGCAAAAGUACUCGUAUUUGGCUUGGUACCUACCCAACCCCAGAGAUGGCAGCUGCUGCCUAUGAUGUUGCGGCUUUAGCCUUAAAAGGUGAUGAUGCAGUUCUGAAUUUUCCUGGUUCUGUUGGAUCUUAUCCUGUUCCUCUUUCAUCGUCAUCAACUGAUAUACGUAAUGCAGCUGCUGCUGCUGCUACAUUUAAAAAGGCCGAAAUGAAUCAAGCAUUAGCCCAGCUGCCUACAAAUGAUGAUACCCUUAAUGCCAAUUUUACAUCAGGUGAAGGAUUUAUUGAUGAGGAGGCACUGUUUGAUAUGCCAAAUUUGCUGAUGGACAUGGCAGAAGGAAUGCUUCUUUCGCCGCCAAGAAUAAACUCCUCCGAUGACUCUGCAGGAACUCCGGAUGGAGAGAGUCUGUGGAGCUAUUAUUGAUAUAUAUAUAUAUAUACUCAAUUUACAGAAUGCUAGCUCCUUAAUCUUUAGAUUCCAUGAAUGGAUUGAUUAAUUGACAUGAACGACAUAACAGCACACAGAAGAGGACAUGGCCGCAUUUGCUGACCUUUUUUCUUGCACCAUUAGCCUCUCAUCGAGCAUUAUUUAUAAAAGUACGAAAUAAAAAAGAAGAGAUCAUGAAGGGAAAUUGAAGAAAGAAGGGAUCAAAGAUUUAUUAACAGGGAUUCCCAACACUUGAGAGUUUUUGAAUCUGAUGAUUCAGAAUAGUCAGAAGAGUUUAGGGUUUACAUUUCAUGGUUGAUUAAGUAUGGUGAUCUGUGUGCAUGUAUAAUAUGGUCUUGCUGCUGUGCUAUAUUUUGGCUUGCUUUUCUUUGUGAUGAUGCUA